AUGGAGACCACAAAUGGGACCGAGACCUGGUAUAAGAGCCUGCACACCGUGCUCAAGGCUCUCAAUGCCACUCUUCACAACAACUUGCUCCGCCAGCCAGGGCCAUGGCCAUGGCCAGGGCUCGACAACCAGAUUGAGGAGCAGCGGGCCAGCCUACCUGGCCGUGAUGACAAUUCCUACAUGUACAUUCUCUUCGUCAUGUUUCUAUUUGCUGCCACUGUGGGUAGCCUCAUCCUGGGCUACACCUGCUCCCGCAAAGUGGACAAACGCAGUGAUCCCUAUCACAUGUACAUCAAGAACAGUGUGUCUAUGAUCUGA